AUGAUUGAGGCACGGAAAAAAGGCGAGAAGAUCUUUUGGGAUGUGCGAGUUCUGCAUGUUGAUGAGAAAGGCUGCAAGGUUGAGAUGCUCAACUCCGGUCUGAUUGGUUUCAUGCCCAGAGGCGAGGAGGGCCAGGCAAGCCCUGACGACCGGCCCAACGUGGGAGACGAGUUGAAGGUAGAGUGUCUGGCAGCCCCGAUGCAGCGCGUCAACAAAGAGCAGAAGUACAGCCCGUGGCCGAACCUCUAUCGGCGCUCCAGAAAGGCACAGCCCAUCUUCUCCCACUACAUGUGGUUGGAGCAGCAGAGGUCCAUAGCCAAAGCUCAGGAACUGGAGGCUGGAAUGAUCAUCGAUGCCGUUGUCUUCAAGCACUGCCCCAAAGGGCUCGUCAUGACACUUGAUGGUCCAGACAAGCCGAAGGGCAUGCUGGACAUGCGGGACAUCUCUCGCAAGAAAUCUGCACACAAGUGGGUUGACAAGAUGUUCCCAACUGGCACGAAGAUGAAAUGCUACGUGGUUCAUGCCGACAAGGAGAACGGUCGCAUCACUUUGUCCACAAAGGAGUUCGAAGACGACUUUCACGUCGGGUGGAUGUUGAGCUUUCCCGAGCGAUGCUUCGAAAACGCUGAAGAGGCCGUCAAGAGGUACCACCGCAAGAGGAACGCGUACAUCGCCUGGCUGCAGCGAUGA